UAAGAUAUUUCUCAACAUCAUAAUAUCUCAGCCGCUACAGUUUUCUUGGAGCCCAAGCAGUAGGAACCCGCGAAACAGGUGAUGAAAAUCCUUUCCUUUCCGUAACCUCCUUUUCUAGCUGGUUUCCGUUCCUCAUAUAAGCUUCGAUGGAGACUCCUCUAAAACCCGCGUAGAGAAGGUCAAUCUUAGAAGAAGAAGAGAUAAACCCUAACGUGAAGAAGAAGAUGAACCACUUGGUGGUCAGGUCGGUGGUGCGAGGCUUCCUGGUCAAUGGAGCUCGUGGCGGCAGGUACUUUUCGACGGCAACGGCAGUAACGACGUCUGGUGUUUUGAAGCCGAUGGACGUUUGGACGGAGUUUAGGAGCCGAAAUGGCGCGUCGUUUGGUGUGUUUUACUGGAGGAGGAUGAUGAGCACAGCGGCGGAGACAGCGGUGGCUGAGAACGAGAAAACAGAGAAGUCGGUGGGGAAGCAGGCUGAGAAAGAAGUGGAAUCGGUGAAGGCGAGUGAUGGUGCGGUGGUGUCGAGUUACUGGGGGAUUUCGAGGCCUAAGAUCUUGAGAGAAGAUGGUACCGAGUGGCCAUGGAAUUGCUUCAUGCCAUGGGAGACUUACCAGUCGAACACAUCAAUUGAUCUGUCGAAGCAUCAUGUGCCAAAGACAUUUCUCGAUAAGGUUGCUUACAGGACAGUGAAACUGCUUCGAAUCCCAACGGAUAUAUUCUUUCAGAGACGGUAUGGGUGUCGUGCCAUGAUGUUGGAAACUGUGGCUGCUGUCCCUGGUAUGGUAGGAGGGAUGCUGCUGCACCUAAGUUCUCUUCGCAAGCUCCAGCAAAGUGGUGGUUGGAUUAAAGCCCUACUUGAGGAAGCUGAGAAUGAGCGGAUGCACCUGAUGACAAUGGUGGAGCUUGUGCAGCCUAGGUGGUAUGAGAGGUUACUGGUCCUUGCAGUGCAGGGAGUCUUCUUUAAUGCUUACUUUGUCCUUUAUCUUCUUUCUCCCAAAUUGGCUCAUAGAAUUACUGGGUAUUUGGAGGAAGAGGCUAUUCACUCAUAUACAGAGUAUUUAAAAGAUAUCAAAGACGGUAAAAUUGAAAAUGUUCCGGCUCCUGCUAUCGCAAUAGAUUACUGGAGGCUGCCAAAGGAUGCAACGUUGGAGGAUGUUAUAACAGUGAUCCGUGCUGACGAAGCUCAUCAUCGUGAUGUUAACCACUUUGCUUCUGAUAUUCAUUUUCAGGGCAAGGAAUUGAGGGAGGCACCUGCCCCACUUGGUUAUCACUGAGCGUAAGAGAACCAGUCCCACGUGAUCAUCCUUGAAUUUGUUUUGAAUAUGGACUUCUGACUUUAUAAAUUUGAGAUAAACUUAGAUAAUAUUUCCCUUGUAUAUGUUGAAUGCCACAAACUAUCUGAGUAUGGAUUAAUUUGCAAAAUUGUAUGUAGAUUUUGUGAGUAAUAAAAGAUGAGUGAUGCUUCCUGGUUAUAA